GACAGGGCUGGUCCUCUCCUCUCCGAAGUUAACCCCUCCAAAUCCCAGUGGCCCCCUCGGCUCCCAGCCCGGCGGGUGGAGGCAGGGGGAGCCAGGGGCGGGGGAGAGGGUUCGGAGGUCUGGGAGGGAGAAGAAGACCAGGGAGCAGGGAAGGCGGCCACGGAGCGGAGUGGAGCCGGUGAGGAGCCCUUCCUGUGCCAGGCGGACAGAGCCAAAGCCGGGGAGCCCGGAGCUGGGGGGAGGGCCGGGGACAACCCGGCCCUGCCCCCUCCCGCUCCGUGUGCCCAGCAACUUCGGAGGAAAGUUUGGCAGAGAUCGCGCGCUGCCCCGAGGAUGGGCAGGGUCCCGCGGGCCUGGUGGUUGGCUCUGUGCUGCUGGGGGUGCAUGGCCCCCAACGGCUCGCAGGCUCGGAAGGACCCCUUUGUGAGGAGCCCAGGGAACAUCACUGGUGCCCGGGAACUCGCGGGGACCCUUCAGUGUGAGCUUCUGGUCCAUGGGGAGCCCCCUGAGGUGACCUGGCUCCGGGAUGGACAGACCCUAGAGCUGGCAGACAGCACCCAGAUCCAGGUGCCCCUGGGCGAAGACGAGCAGGAUGACUGGAAAGUGGUCAGCAAACUCAGGAUCUUGUCCCUGCAGCUCUCGGACGUGGGAUCGUACCGGUGUGCAGUGGUCCUGGGAGAAGAUACCUUUGUGUCCCAGCCCGGCUACAUUGGACUGGAGGGCCUGCCCUACUUCUUGGAGGAGCCUGAGGACAGGACUGUUACUGCCAACACCCCCUUCAACCUGAGCUGCCGAGCCCAGGGUCCCCCAGAGCCCGUGGACCUGCUCUGGCUCCAGGAUGCCGUCCCCCUGGCUCCGGCCACGGGCCACACCCCCCAGCACAUACUUCGUGUUCCAGGCCUGAACAAGACGUCUUCUUUCUCCUGUGAAGCCCAUAAUGCCAAGGGGGUCACCACAUCGCGCACGGCCAUCAUCACAGUGCUUCCCCAGCGGCCCCAUGACCUCCACUUGGUUUCCAGUCUGCCCACAAAGCUGGAGGUGGUUUGGACACCAGGCCUGAGUGGCAUCUAUCCCCUCACCCACUGCACCCUGCAGGCUGUGCUGUCAGAUGACGGGGUAGGCAUCAGGCUGGGAGAGCCAGAUCCCCCGGAGGAGCCCCUCACCAUGCAAGUAUCUGUCCCUCCUCACCAACUACAGCUGGACAGCCUCCGUCCUCACAGUUCUUACCACAUCAGGGUGGCAUGUGCCAGUAGCCAGGGACCCUCACCCUGGACCCACUGGCUUCCCGUGGAGACGCCUGAGGGAGUGCCUCUGGGGCCCCCUAAGAACGUUACCGCCAUACGGAAUGGGACCCAAGCCAUCGUGCGUUGGCAGGAGCCAAUGGCACCCCUGCAGGGCACUCUGUUAGGGUACCGGCUGGCCUAUCGAGGCCAGGACACUCCUGAGGUGCUAAUGGACAUAGGACUAAAGCAAGAGGUGACCCUGGAGCUGCGGGAGGACAGGACUGUGCCCAACCUGACAGUGUGUGUGGCAGCGUACACCGCCUCUGGGGAUGGACCCUGGAGCCUCCCCGUGCCCCUAGAGCCUUGGCGCCCAGGGCAAAGACAGCCAGUGCACCAGCUGGUGAGUGAACCUCCAGCCCCCUCCUUCUCAUGGCCCUGGUGGUAUGUACUGCUGGGAGCAGUUGUGGCUGCUGCCUGUGUCUUCAUCUUGGCCCUGUUCCUCAUCCACCGGCGGAAGAAGGAGACCCGCUAUGGAGAGGUGUUUGAACCAACAGUGGAGAGGGGCGAGCUGGUGGUCAGGUAUCGCGUUCGCAAGUCCUACAGUCGCCGGACCACUGAAGCCACCUUGAACAGCCUGGGAAUCAGCGAAGAGCUGAAGGAGAAGCUGCGGGAUGUGAUGGUGGACCGGCAUAAGGUGGCCCUGGGGAAGACCCUGGGAGAAGGAGAGUUUGGAGCUGUGAUGGAGGGCCAGCUCAACCAGGAUGACUCCAUCCUCAAGGUGGCUGUGAAGACAAUGAAGAUUGCCAUCUGCACAAGGUCGGAGCUGGAGGAUUUCCUGAGUGAAGCUGUCUGCAUGAAAGAAUUUGACCACCCAAAUGUCAUGAGGCUCAUUGGCGUGUGUUUCCAGGGUUCCGAACUAGAUGGCUUCCCUGCACCUGUGGUCAUCCUACCUUUCAUGAAACAUGGAGAUCUACACAGCUUCCUUCUCUAUUCUCGACUCGGGGACCAGCCAGUGUUCCUGCCCACUCAGAUGCUGGUGAAGUUUAUGGCAGACAUUGCCAGUGGCAUGGAGUAUUUGAGUACCAAGAGAUUCAUACAUCGGGACCUGGCCGCCAGGAACUGCAUGCUGAAUGAGAACAUGUCCGUGUGUGUGGCGGACUUUGGGCUCUCCAAGAAGAUCUACAAUGGAGACUACUACCGCCAGGGACGUAUUGCCAAGAUGCCAGUCAAGUGGAUCGCCAUCGAGAGCCUGGCUGACCGCGUCUACACCAGCAAGAGUGAUGUGUGGUCCUUCGGGGUGACAAUGUGGGAAAUUGCCACUCGGGGCCAAACCCCAUAUCCAGGAGUGGAGAACAGUGAGAUUUACGAUUACCUGCGUCAAGGAAACCGCCUGAAGCAGCCUGUGGACUGUCUGGAUGGACUGUAUGCCCUGAUGUCCCAGUGCUGGGAGCUAAACCCCCAGGACCGGCCAAGUUUUUCACAGCUACGGGAAGAUCUGGAGAACACACUGAAGACCCUGCCACCUGCCCAGGAGCCUGAUGAAAUCCUCUAUGUCAACAUGGAUGAGGGCGGGAGUCAUGCCGAACCACUUGGAGCUGCUGGAGGAGCUGACCCCCCAACCCAGCCUGAUCCUAAAGAGUCCUGCAGCUGCCUCACCGCGGCUGAGGUCCAUCCUGCUGGGCGCUAUGUCCUCUGCCCUUCUACAGCCCCUGGCCCCACCCUACCUGCUGACAGGGGCUCCCCAGCUCCACCAGGGCAGGAGGAUGGAGCCUGAGACCACCCUCUGCCUGGGACUUCCUCUCAGGACCCAAGCUAGGCACUGCCACCUACGUUCCCAUUCCAGACCUUACUCCCAACUGCAGCUCUCUCUUGCUACCAAUGCCACUUCCAUUUCACACAAUCCACUCCCUUUCCACAUCUUAGUGUCCCUGUGUGGGGAGGGGUUUUUAGGGAGGGGUUGGACUGCAAUCCCUAAGGGUCCUCCUAAGUCUAACAUCCCAAGGUUUUGGAUUCUAAGGUUUAAAGAGCCUAAGUUCUAGGUUUCAAAGAUAUUAUGAGUCUUUGAAAGUUCUGAGAUUCUACGGUACUAGAUUUUCCUGGUUUUAAGAUUCUUGAUAAAACUUGUAAGUUUGGGGGUUCUAAAGUUCUAUUAUUCUAGGCAUAGGAACUAAGACUCCAUGAUGCUAGAUUUCAUUGUCCUUAGGGUAUAAGACUCUAGAUUCUAGAAUUCUAUAAUUCUAGAUAUGGAGGUUUUAAGGACUAAUGUUCUAAAAUUUGAUGUUCUAAGCCUCUUAGAGUAUAAAUCCCCUGGCUAACUCUAGACUCUAGACCAUAAGGCUUCAAGAUUUUAUCCUUUCAAGUUGUAAGAUUCUAAUGAUGGUCAAUUAGAGUUUCUAAGGCUUUAUGAUCCUUGAAGCUCUUGUUAUGAGAUUCUGGAUCCUUAAAGAUCUAUAUUCUGCAAUUCAAAAGUUCUAUGAAUCUACAAAUGGAGGUUCUAAAGUCUAAUGUUCUCAGAUGUGAUGUUCUAAGAUUUAGUCUAAGAACCUAGAUUCUCUGUGUCUAAGGCUCAAGGUCAUAUGUUUCAAGGUCCUAGAUUAUUAAAAUCUAAGAUUCUAAUGUUCAGUUCUGUAUUCCAAGGCACUCUAGAUUCUAUUGGUCCAAGAUUCUGGGUCCUCAGCAUCGAAGGUAUAAGACUGUACAGUGAGUUGUGAUUAACUAGUUACCAAAGUUCUAAUAAUUUCUAAUGUUGGACACCUUUAGGCUCCAUGUUGCAUUCUGCCUUUCUAGGAUUUUAGUUAAGGGUCCAAGAAUCCAUGAUUCUAAAUCUUAAGAUUCUAAGCACUGAAGUUCUAAAAUUCACAUGUAAGAUUUUAAAGGUCUACAGGUCUUGAACUCCAAGGUUCCGAGGUUCUAACUUUAUAGUAUUCUUCUGUGUGACCCUCCCGAGCCACCUCUGCUUCCUCCUCCCCUCAUGUGGGGGUUUUACCCCCCUCAAGCCUGUGCAAUGCAUUAGGGGUGCCUCUUUCCCCAGGGGACAAUCUUCCUCCCUUUGGGCCAUGCUGCCCCCCUGAGCCAGUCCCUCGUAUCCCCCUGUACAGAGUGUGGACUCUGACACCUCCAAAGGGGCUUAUAUCACAUAAAACUUUGUAACCACA